UUUUUUAACCCAAGCUUACAAUCAUAAUUUUAAAAAACAGAAUAGUAACUUUGGAUUAGUGGAUAAUGGGAAUAGUCAAGAGUAACCCCCGGUCAAUACUCAUCGCAUGGUCAGCCAUUAUCGUGGUUGGAUUCGGUACAUUUGUUUUCGCAAAGGAUAUAGUCAGCACUGAGCGGCGCACAGAGGAAAUUCGUCGGAUCAAGCGCGAGCGCAGGAUGCACGCAUAUGGUUCUUACAACAAGAACCACGAUGAUGAUGGCGAGAAGCAGCAGCAGAAGCAGCAAGAUUAGGACUGGCGCAUUAGAAAAAGUUUUUUUCCAGUUUUUUUUAACUUUUUAUAUGCCGAAACAAUAUUACAACCAACAUCUUGAUAACGGUGUAUAUGAUAUAGUAACAAAAAUACGAGUACAAAAA